AUAUCAUAGAAGAAGAAGCAGAAGCAGAAGAAGAAGAUGGCUGCUUCUGUACUGCUUCCCAUUUGCGAGGUUUCAAAAACAUGACUUUAUCGAGAUGAAUUAGUGAAAUUGAAUAAGACGGAGAAAAGCAAGCAUGUAAGUACAUAACUAUGGAAUUGCAUUAGUUCGGUGGUUGUUUGUAAUUUACAGCAACGAAACGUGGAAUGUGAUGAAUGCUGCUAGCCUGUACAUUAUCGUAGCCAUUUACUGUAGCUUUUAGCUAUGGAGUUGAGUUUAGUCCUCUAGCCCAGACUGAUUCCUAAUAGGACCUGUAGUUAAGCUAAAGCAGAUUCGGUGUUUUGUCAGCUAUUUAGCUAUACCAGCUAGUUAGCUACACAGGCCACAUCGAUAAUGAUACCGUCCCUAAAGUUAGCAAAUGAUUUGAUCAGUCCUCAAACUUGGCUAAUGCUGUGGCCUUGUGGUUAGUGUCCACCCUGAGAUUGGACGGUUGUGAGUUCAAUCCCUGGCCGAGUCAUACCAAAGACUGUAAAAAUAGGACUUGAUGCAUCUUUGCCCGGCACUCAAUAUUAAGGAGAUAGUUGGGUGGUAAGGCCCUGCGAUAGACUAGGGUCCUGUCCAAGCUGCCCCGCGCUACAGAAACAGGAGUUAGGGCAGGAGCCUAUGAGACGUUCUGGCUCGCACAAGCCAAGGCACUUACUAACUUGGCCAGCUGAUAUUUACAUGACUAAAACAAUGGAUAGCCAGCUACAAUGGCUAGCUAGUUAAGACUGUUGCCUUAAUUUCACAAGGUAAUAUUCCCCCCAAAAAAUCAAGGUUUGAAAGCACGUCUGACGAGCUAGCCUAGGGUGGCAGUCUGUUUGUGCCAUCAUGUCACUCCUUGUCAUGACAAACUGUUUGGCAUAAGUCACGGAGUGUAAUGUUAACACAUACCCAGGUUACCAAUGAGAAGCUGAGGUGGAAAUCUUAGCUAGAAUAAUUUGUGGUUUAACAUGUUAAUGAAUAAUUUCCUAUAUGAGAGGCAGUACGAUUUAGGGAGUAAUGGCAGUACAUCAGUGAUUUAGUGUACCUACAUGCAGGCAGUACCACUACUGCUAAUCACAAUAUUCUGUGUGUUUUACGGGUCAAUGGUUGGUUGGUAGUGUGACCUCCCUGCCGUUGUCAUCACAUGAGGGACCAGCUAGCCUGUCUUACUGCAUUCUACACAGAUUCUGUCUCUGGAGAAAUUGGAGGGACACAAACAUUGGUAGUAACAGAUCUACCUCCUCUGAAUCCAGGGAAAUGUUUUGCCCUGGGGGGAAAAAACGAUUGACUGAACAAAGGAAAGUUUCUGCCUCCCAUGUGGGAAAACUCCGCAGUAAGUUAAAAGCCAUCCUGAAGAAAAAGUACCAAAGUCCACCAGGGGGAGAAACUGAGCAUCCAUUUUAUAUUCAUUGUGAUCUCCACUAUCAAGCUAGUAAAAGUAGUGAAGAGAACCAACAUGAGUAUAUUCUAUCUGAGCCAGGUUACAGGAGAAGACAUCAAGGAACAUGUUCAUUCCUAAACUCAGAUGAGCCUAUCAGAACAGCUCUGACGAAGGGCGUCGCUGGUAUUGGCAAAACUAGUCAUGUGCGAAUGAUGAUUCUUAACUGGGCAGAGGGAAAAGGAGACCAGGAAGUCCAACUCAUAUUUCCCCUUCCUUUCCGGGAGCUGAAUUUGCUGAAGGAGAGACUGAGUCUGGUUGAACUUCUUUAUGAGUUUUUCCCAGAAUUGAAAGAACCUGGAAUUUACAAAUUGGACAACUGCAGAGUUGGGUUCUUUCUUGACGGGCUGGAUGAAUUUCGACGUCCUCUCGACUUCAAGAACAGCCCGAUAGUGACCGAUCUCACAGAGCCCUCCUCCGUGCCAGCACUGCUGACAAACCUAAUUAACGGUAAUCUCCUUCCCUCCGUCGCUCACAUAUGGAUUACAUCCAGACCUGCGGCAGUCCAUCGCAUCCCUCUUCAGUACAUUGACAGAAUGUCAGAAAUUGAAGGCUUCACCGACUCCCAGAAAGAGGAGUUCUUCAGGAGAGCAAUCAAUGAUGAGAACCAGGCCACAGCAGUUAUCACCUACUUGAAGAACUCGAAGGCCCUCUACAACUUGUGCCAGAUACCUUUUAUCUGUUCAAUCUCAGCGUCAAUACUCGAGAAACAGACAUAUGUACCCGACAAAACAUGCGAACCUGUCGCACUAACUCCAUUAUUUAACGACCUACUCAUCCUGUUACAAAUGGGGAACCACAAUGUAAAGAUAGUUGACGAAUUGGGGGAACUAGCCUUUAAGCAGUUGGUGAAAGGCAACACGGUUUUCUACGAGGAAGACCUACGAGAGUGCAACAUUGAUGUCCAAGUGGCAGCUGUGUACGCAAAAGUAAGCAUACCCAUCUUCAGGGAGGAUAUUGGGCUGCACCAAAAGAAAAUCUACUACUUUGGGCAUACCACCAUUCAGGAGUUCUUUGCCGCAAUGCGGUUUCUUCAAUCUUUUGGCAGCCAAGACGAAAACCGGGCUGUCAACCGGAAAACCCAGAUCGAGAGAACUCUCUGGUUUUUUGGAGAUGCCACCCAACUCAAGAGCGCGGUGGACAUGACUUUGCGGAGCAAGACCGGACACAUGGACCUCUUCCUUCGCUUCCUCCUCGGCAUUGCUCAGAACUUUAACCAGAUGUUCUCCGAGGCUGGCUUCACACCGUCUACUGCCCUUCCGGAAAUGUUAGUGUACAUCAAGAAGAAGGUCUUGGAGAAUCCCACUUCGCCGAGGACCUUCAACCUGCUGAACUGCCUGAGGGAACUGAAACACUACUCUCUAGACAACGAUAGUGUGCUCUUUCUCCAGACGGGAAUCCCCCCAGAUGCCAAAUAUCCACCUGCACAUUGGUCCGACCUGGCCACACUCUUUUUGGCAUCGUUGUCUGGGUCGAUAGACAUGCUUGGGUUGGAUGUAGAGAACAGAGGAGACGAGGAACUUCUGAGGAUGCUGCCAGUGAUCAAAGCUUCCCACACCUCCACGCUGUCGUAUCACAACCUGACUGAGAAAUCCUGUGAAUGUCUGGCCUUGGCGCUCACCUCAAAGGUGUCCAAUCUGAAAACUCUGGACCUGAGUUUCAACACGCUGAAGGACUCAGGAGUGCAGCUGUUGGCGGCCGGCUUGGCCAAGCCCCACUGCCGACUGGAGAGACUGAAACUGUCCGGCUGCAGGGUGAAACAGAAUGGCUUUGCAGCUCUGGCCAAAGCUCUCAAAUCCAACCCCUCGCACCUGCGAGAGCUGGAUCUGAGCGGCAACGAACCGGAAGAAUCGGGGGUGUUUCAUCUCGUUGACGGACUAAAGGUUGUUAAGUGUGAACUGCAGAUCCUGAAGCUCUCAAACUGCAAGCUGGGCCUGGAGCUUAGUUGCGCUCUGGCGGUGUUGCUGAUAGACAACCCCAGACACCUGCGAGAGCUGGACGUCGGCAUGAAUGACCUGGGAGACCGGGGGGUGAAGAUGCUCAUGGACAAACUGAAGUCAACCCAGAUAUACAAACUGGAGUUGUACUGUUGUCAGCUCACUGAGAAAUGCUGUGAGAACAUGUUUAGGUGUCUGGCCAACAUCCCCAGUCUGAGGGAGCUCAACCUGAGCAACAAUAACCUGAAGGACGAGGGGGUCAAGAUGCUCUGCAAAGCCUUCGGAGUGCCUGUCUGUCAACUGGAGAAACUCAAUCUGGCGAGCUGUGGCUUCACGUCUGGAGGCUGUCGAUGUCUGGUUGGAGGGUGCAGUUUCAGCCCCACCUUCCUCAAAGAGCUGGAUAUCAGCAGGAACCACCUGGGAUCAGGUGUUGUCGCGUUUUUCCUGUUCCUCAAAACUGUACGCUUUUCACUGGAGACCCUACGACUGAGUGACUGUAAGAUGACAGAGCUAUGCUGUCCAGAGCUGGUCGAAGUUCUCCGCUCCAGUCUCACCGUCCUGAAAGAGCUGGAUCUAUCUGGAAACGAACUGGGAGACAGCGGUGUAAAUACACUCUGCAUGGGACUGACCUCAACAACUUGUAAACUGGAGAGACUGUUUCUGAGAUGCUGUGGGAUCACAGUAAAGGGCUGCUCCUCCCUAGCCGUAGCCCUGAAGUCCAGCUGCUCCAAAAUCACAGAGCUGGGCCUGAUGGGAAACGACACGGGAGAAGAAGGACUGAGAAUUCUCUCCGGCAUCAGGGAUGACCCACACUACAAACUACAGACUCUAGAAAUAAACGAUUGAGAGUGGCCUUGCUCGCCGGAGGUGGUUCUUGGCUCGCCCUCUUCCCAAAUCUGGAGUGAGGUUACCUAAUGGGGAACACUCUGGAGUGAAGAUACGAAACGAUUGGCUAACAAGUUACGACAAAGUACUUUCAGCUCGACCGUCAGCACUUGACGUGCUUUGAGCCAACUGGACUUGUUCACUGACUUUUGACCAUUUGUAAAGUGCCUUCCAGUAUCCUGGCUGCUCACACUUGAACGGAAGACCAGAGAGUAUUUACCUAGAAACAGAUAGUGAGGCUGAAAUGACACACACACACACUGUUACUAACUCCGUUCCUCUGGUCUUGCUACAGUAUCGACUCAUUUAACUUUUGCAGAAGCUUUACAGUAUUGUUUUGCACAUCGGUAUGUACACGAUAGAAUGCAUAGCCUUUGUAACGGGCGCCUCUGCUCAAACACACGUGACCGGCCUCUUGACAACGUCUUAGCCAACUACGGUAGGGAAAAGCUAUCAGUUUGGUGGAGUGAGGUUACGUUAUAAGCGCGUCUCUGAGGGAUGAUGCAAUGUUUUCAUUUUAACACUGGUACAGGCCCUUGGUAGCAUAGUAUUGUUUUUCAAUUUUUUAAAAACAUUUUAUUUCUCUUUGAAAGUGCUUUUUUUAUAUAUAUAUUAAGAUGACCAAAAUGUUUCGGAAAUGUAUACAGUAGUACAACUCUUGGUUUAUUUACUAUUGUUAUGUACAUUUUACCCAAAUAUACCAAGCUACUUCUAUUGGUCAUAAUUGUGUUGUUUUUUUUUUAAUGUACUAAUGGGAGAUUUAACUUCAGAACCUUUCCAACUUUGGUCAUAUGUUUCAGGUCUGGUCUCUAGAUCUGUUUGCACCUACUGCAACAGUCUGGUUGACGCUGUAUUUCAAGGUAAACAAGUGCCUUUAGAGUAGUGUGAUUGUGAGGGACACAGUUCUCUACUAUUUGUCGUCUCUGCUGGUGUGUACAGUAUGUCUGUUUGAGUGCGCUUGUAUGUGUGUACAUGUAUACCAAAUUCACAGCUGUUUGACAAUCAUAUGUAUCAUGUUCACAAAUUGGUACAAUGUUACACAUUGA